GUGAAUCCUGGUUACAAUGUUAUGCCAUACCCAGUAUGUUUUAUGAAUUACCCACAACAACACAUGUCACCUUAUUAUUAUCCUGCAAUGACACAACCGGGAGGAUAUUAUGUUCCAUCAGCACCACCAAGUUAUAGACCAAUUCAAGUUCCUGUAACGAAUCAAUACAUCGCACCAAAUCAACCAUCAUAUCGAGAAUUAAAUAACAAAGAGCCACCAGCUUAUUGUACAUUUGUUGCUUCAGAUAGUGCGAGUUUACCUGCACAUUUUACAGACACAACUGAAUCACCAAAGAAUCAAUUUCGGGAUGAUAUGAUACAUAAAAUAGAAGAGAAUACAGUUCACUUCAACAUUCCAUCACAGUUUGAUGUCAUUUACGCUACAUAUCCUAAUCAAAUGUUUACCAAUAAUCAUUCAAUGAGACUUCAUCAUUGCGAUGUUGGUAAACUGCCAUGUUUUGGAACCAAUCAAUGCAUUUUAAAAUCGAAAUGGUGCGAUUCAAAAGUUGAUUGUCUUGAUGGCAGUGAUGAAUCUGCAUGUUCAUGUAAAGCGAGAUUAGACAGCAGUCGAAUAUGUGAUGGUUAUAUGGAUUGUCCAAUGGGAAGCGAUGAGUUGGGAUGCUUUGGAUGUGAUAAGUUUCAAUAUUCUUGUUAUGAUAAUUUGAAAGAAUUUGAAGACAAUCGAAAGUCAUCAACCAUGAUGUGUUAUUCAGCUAUUGAAAAGUGUGACGGCGUCUUCAAUUGUCGAAAUGGAAAAGAUGAAAGUGAAUGUUCAAUGAUUGUUAAUCAUGUCGGUGGAAUGCUUUCUUAUGCUGUUUCGCAUUACGAAGGAAUCUUACAUCGCAAUCAUAAAGGUCGUUGGUAUCCCGUAUAUGGAAACUUCCACUGUGGUGGGUCAAUUUAUGAUGAGGAUUGGAUCAUAACAGCAGCACAUUGUACAAAAUUCUUCGAAAAUCAUUUUUAUGAAGUUCAAGCUGGGAUUUUAAGACGAUCAAGUUACUCACCAGCUGCACAAAUAAUUAAAGUGUCCCAUGUCAUUACACAUGCAGAAUAUGACCGAGGAACAAUGAAGAAUGACAUUGCAUUGAUGCGAAUGAAGCAUCCUUUGUCGUUCAAUCGUUGGGUGAGACCGAUUUGUUUGCCAACUAAGGAAAGAGUUUUGGAUAACAGAAAUUGGAAGUUUGGUCCACCAGCAGGAACACUUUGCAGUGCUAUCGGUUGGGGUGCUAUCAGAGAGAAGGGCCCAGACCCUGAUGAUUUGAAGGUUGUCGAUGUCCCAAUCAUAUCAAAAUGUAAGCAUGUAGUCGAUGAAGAAACUCAAAGUGUUUGUGCAGGUGAAACAUUUGGAACACGCGAUGCUUGUCAAGGUGAUUCAGGAGGACCUUUCGUGUGCAAGAGCUUGAACAAUCCGUUUGAAUGGUACUUGACAGGUAUAGUUAGUCAUGGAGAAGGAUGUGCUCGAGCUCAUGAACCUGGUGUUUAUACUCGAGUGUCUUUAUAUCUCGAUUGGAUUAAGGAAAAUACAAUCCGUGAACCUCCAUCUUCAUCAGAUUUUCUAUUUGCACCAACUCGAAUUCCACGUCAAGAAUGUCCUGGUUUUGUUUGCGUUUGGGGUGGAAAUAAAUGCAUUCCAACGUCACAAAGAUGUGAUGGAUUUGUCGAUUGUCUUGGUGGUGAAGAUGAAAUUGAAUGCACAAUAAACUUACUCGAUUUACUUUUGGGAAGCAAUAUGAAUUCUUCAAAUUCCAUUAAUCCAAAUGAAAUUACCGAACAUGUUGACGAAACAGGAACAAAAUCAAUUUCAAAGAAAGAUUUGAGAAAUGAAUUAUUUCGAUGCACUAAGUAUGUAAUUAUUGUAUUAUUUAUUUUAAAAUGUAUUGUUCAUCUUCUAUUCAGAAACCCUCAAGUAAUCAACAUGGACCAUCGUUGCGAUCGAAUUUUUGACUGCGAAGACGGAACUGAUGAAGAAAAUUGCACUUGUCGUGACUACUUAAAGUUGUCUUAUCCACAUCUCAUUUGUGAUGGAACAGUCGAUUGUAAAGAUGAAAGUGAUGAAAUUGGAUGUUUGACUUGUAAUGAAACGGAAUUCGCGUGUCGUCGAAGCGGAAUGUGCAUUAAAAAAAAUUUAGUUUGUAACGGUGAAGUCGACUGCAAAUAUAAAGAAGAUGAAACUGAAUGCCUUACUUUAACUAAUGGUCAUUCAGUAUUGUUAGACUUGAAUGGAAAACCAGCGAUGCAUUCCAAAGGAAUUGUGACGAAAAAUGUUCAAUCAAAGUGGGAAGUUCUAUGUGACCAUAACGAUAGUUUCAUCAUAAAUUCAGAUCAGAUAGCUAAUGAUACUUGUCAUCUUAUUGGAUUCACAUCAGGAAAAUUGUCAAAAGUUGUUUUAUUGAAUUCAAAUGCAAUCGAAUCAAAAUAUCUUAAUGAAAAAAUUAAGAUUGACAUAACAUCAAAUCCAAUUUUAAGAAGCAACCACACCAUUAGUAAAAUGAAUGAAACAUGCAACGCUCUUGAAAUUGAAUGUGAAUCGUUCCACUUGAAUUCUUUAGAUCCUCAUUCAGCAGAUCACAUAUUGAUAAAGAAAAAUAAAACAAGUUUACAUCAAAAUGUGUAUAAUUUCAUCCCAAUUGAUGCGAGUGAUCAAACGAAACUCAUUGUUGAUCCUAAAGAAGCAUCAGAUUAUGAAUUAAAUGAUUUGCAUUCAUUUGAUUGGCCAUGGUUGGCAGAAAUCUUUAUCGAUGGUGAUUUGAAAGCAAAUGGAAUAUUGAUUAAAGACUCGUGGAUUCUUGUAGACAGAAAUAUUCUUGGAGAUAGCAAUGAACUAUUGCAAAGUCAUUUCAUUGUUGCACUUUUAGGGAACACAAAAUCUAAGCUGAACAUUCAAAGUCCUUAUGAACAAAUAAUGAAUGUUGAUUGUCUUCAAUUCGUUAGCAAUUCAAACGUCAUGUUAUUUCAUCUUGAGACUCCGGUUGAUUACAAUCGAUACGUCCUUCCAAGUAUUCUUCCGACUCACUUUGAAUUAGAGACAGAGUCUAAAUGCUUAGCAAUAGCUUUAGAUUCGCAUCAAAUGACGAAAGCAAUUGAACUGGAAAUAAUCAAUGACUGCAAAAACUCAACGAACAAUGUUUGCUAUAAACAAACUGCGGAGGUGAAGGCAAUGAAUUGUGACGAAGAGAUGUCUCAUCGUACUUCAAUAAUUGUCUGUAAAACUAAAAACAGCAGUUGGUAUCCGAAUGCUUUCCAUCAACUUAAAAAAGGUUUUUGUGACUUCCGCUACCUAGUGAGCGUUAACAAUUUAAAUACUAAACAAUCAUUGAAAGACAUUCAUCAACUUAUUGAUCAUCCAUGUCAGAAAUGUCAGGACCAUAAAUUGCUGCCACCAAAAUGUGAAAUUCAUCGAUGUCCACUUGGAAAAUGUCUUGAAAAAUACCAACUUUGCGACUUAAAAUCUGAUUGUCACGAUGGCAGCGAUGAAAAUCAUGAAAUUUGUUUUAAACUGCCAACUGACGAAAAACCUUGCAAUACUUCACAGUUCAGAUGUGGUGACGGAAAAUGCGUUGAGAAGACAAAGUUUUGUGAUCAAAUUCCUGACUGUAGGGAUAAGUCUGACGAACCAAGCGAGUGCACAUGCUUUAGUUAUUUAAAAGCAACAAGUCCUUCAAAGAUUUGUGAUGGAAUAAGACAUUGUUGGGAUAAAACUGACGAAGAUUCAACAUAUUGUGGAGUGAAUUGUCCAGAAAAGACGUCAUUUAACUGUUUGGGAUCUUCUUUUUGUGUGCCUAAUGAAAUGGUUUGCGAUAAGAGAGCAGACUGUCCAAAUGGGGCGGAUGAACAAUUUUGUAAUGGGAUUUUUCAACGUGACAAAAAAGAUAGUUUCGGUGAAGUUAUGGAGCGUACAUAUGGAAUUUGGCAUACAAAAUGUUUCCCUAAAGCUACACCACCAUCGCAACAAGAACUUGAAGAUUUAUGCAAAAAGUUGGGCUUCAAAAAUCAUCCUGAUGCUAUGGCAAGAGUAAUAAAUGAAAAUAAUACGAACUUCGCUUCAAGUUACAAUAAUUCUACGGUUGACAAUAUUGAAGUGACAUUUAAGAAUUUUACUGCAACAAAAAUUAUCGCCUAUACAAAAUUUUCUCCUGUUCAACUCAAUGACAAAUUCACUGUUCAUUUAAGACCAAGCAAACCUUUAGCCAAACUCGUGUCAUGGGAUUCAGGGGAUCAUCAAAAAUGCCACAGAAUGGAAAUAAAAUGCAUUGAAGCAACAGUUUGUCGUAAUCACUGCCAACUUCACCCACUUGCAAAAGCCGGGCCGGCCCGAAAUUUACUCAGCAUAUGUAUUCUCUCCCCAAAGUCUAGUUUCAGUCAUUGGAGAAUGAAUUCAGUAAGAAUUUUGCCUAGUUUACGAGUAUUUCAACAAUCAACGAGAUAUCUAUCUACAUCAAAAGUUUACUUUGCAGAUCAAAGAUGUCGAGUUCUUGUUGUUGGGGGAGGGACUGGUGGUUGUUCUGUCGCAGCGAAAUUAUCGUUUCAUUAUGGAGCAGGCAAUGUUAUUGUCCUUGAUUCAGCUGAUAAACAUUAUUAUCAACCUUUGUUCACACUAGUAGGUGGUGGUAUGAAAUCAGUUGAAGAUGCUGCUCAUCCAAUGGCUGAAGUUUUGCCAACUCUUGCUCAGUGGGUGAAAGAUAAGGCAGAUAAAUUUGAUCCUAAGAACAAUUCAGUGACGACAAAAAGUGGCGAUGUAAUCAAAUAUGACUACAUGGUAGUAGCAACAGGGUUGCAGCUGAACUAUGAGAAGAUUCCUGGUCUAGUGGAAGCUUUAGCCAUUCCUAAAGGUGCAGUUUGUUCUACAUACUCGCCUAAAUAUGUUAAUCGUGUUUAUGAAGCACUUGAAAACUUUAAAAGCGGAAAUGCAAUCUUUACCUUUCCAAAUUCGCCCGUCAAAUGUCCUGGAGCUCCACAGAAGAUUUGUUAUAUUGCUGAACAUUAUUUAAGGAAAACGAAAAAAAGGAAGAAUGCGACAGUUAUUUAUAACACUUCAUUGCCAGUUAUCUUCGGUGUGAAACAUUAUGCUGAUGCACUUUGGAAGGUUGUUGAAAAACGAGGCAUUAAUGUUAAUUUACGUACUAAUCUUGUUGAGGUGCUUCCCGGUGGUCGUUCAGCUGUAUUUGAAAAUCUUGACACUCAAGAAAAGACAACAAUUGAUUUUAAUUUACUUCAUGUUGUGCCUCCAAUGAGCACACCAUACGAGCUGAAAAACAAUUCUGACAACUUAGUAAACGAAGCUGGUUUUGUUGAUGUCAAUCAAUGGACACUUCAGCAUGUGAGAUAUCCAAAUGUAUUCGCUCUUGGCGAUUGUUCAUCAUCACCGAACUCAAAAACAGCCGCAGCUGCUGCAGCACAAUGUCAAGUUGUUUAUAAAAAUCUUUCAGAAAUUAUGAAUGGAAGACGACCAAUUCAGAAUUACGAUGGAUAUGCAUCAUGUCCACUUGUAACUGGCUACAAUACUUGCAUAUUAGCUGAGUUCGACUACAAUCUGCAACCGCUGGAAUCAUUUCCCAUUCUCGAUCAAUCGAAAGAACGUUUCUCAAUGUUUUAUAUGAAGAAGAACUUAAUGCCAAUGCUGUAUUGGCAGUUUAUGUUGAAUGGAAUAUGGAAUGGACCAGCUUUCAUUCGCAAAGGCUUGAAUGCCUUAAAAAAUUUGUAAGUUUCCUUAAAUGUAAUUUGAGAAAAUAGAAAACCAUAAAAUUAUUUUUUAAAUGAUGAAGAAAGUUUUUUAUGAUAUUUAAA